UCAUUUUCCUGUGGUCGUGGAGGACCAGUCUAGACAGGUUGACUAGUGAAAUUAUUAAAUGUUCUUAUCUAUGAGUGAUAGUUCACUGCUUACUGUUAGUGUGGCAUAGUACCAGUAUUUCUAAGGGUAUUUAGACUAACUUUAACGAGUAUAUCUUGAAACAGGAAACGAUAUACAAACUUCAAUGGUCGUCCACUGUGUUGCUGCUAACGCAUAGUUAGCCAGUGCUGUCCAUUUCAUACCGUUAUGUUUCAUUUGUGAAUAGCAACAGGACUCCAUUGCACAAUAACCAUGUGUCAGGUUGACGAAGAAUACAGUGGUCUUUUGGAGAGUCGGUCCCUGUCAGGGGUUUCAAAGAAGUGUAUGAAAUGCAAAGAAAAUACAGCAGCGCUGAUCAUCAGAGCCGGAGAUGCGUUUUGCAGGAGUUGCUUCAAGGAAUAUUUCAUACACAAGUUCCGUGCCAUGCUUGGCAAAAAUCGUGUUAUUUUUCCUGGAGAGAAGGUUCUCCUGGCUGUGUCUGGUGGAUUGGCAUCAAGUUCGAUGUUAGCCCAGGUCCAAGAGGGUUUGAGUCGAGAGGCACAUAAGAAACUGCGGUUUGUUCCAGGGAUUGUGUAUGUGGAUGAGGGGGGUGCCAGUGGUCAAAGUCCGCAGCAGCGUCAGCAGACGGCUGGCCAGCUGGAUCAGAUCUUCCAGGCCAGCGGAUUCCCCUAUCACAUUGUCCCCUUGGAAGAGGUGUUCACCCUUCCCAGCUCUGUCCUGGAAGCUGCGUCUGCUGCCACUUCACCACAUGGCUCAUCCACCAACUACAAAGCUGCAGUGGACAAGUUCAUCCAGAACGGGGGCGAUGCCGUGGGAGGCCACAAAGCAAAGACACCCGGAGACUCCUCACUAACAGAUGCCGUUUCGGACUUACACAUGGACGAUCGGCCGUCCUUUCUCCCUCCCGCCGACCAAACGCAAGCUCUAGAAAGACUCUUUGCCUCGGUCAAGACGCUCACAGCCAAGGAGGACCUCUUACAGACUCUCCGGCAGCACCUGGUCCUGCAGGUGGCGCGCCAGAGGGGCUACUCCAAGGUGAUGGUGGGGGAGAGCUGCACUCGGCUGGCCAUCAAGCUGCUCAGCAACAUCUCCCUCGGACGAGGAGCCGCACUGUCCAUGGACACGGGCUUUGCAGACUCACGCUUUGGUGACGUGGUGAUAGUCCGGCCCAUGAGAGACUACUCCUCUAAAGAGAUCGCCUUCUACAACCGCCUGUUCUCCGUGCCCUCCGUCUUCACCCCGGGCCUGGACACCAAGACAUCUGAUAAAGCCAGCAUCCAGCGGCUGACUGAGAGCUUCGUCACCAAACUGCAGGCUGAUUUCCCCUCCACCGUCAGCACCAUCUACAGGACGAGCGAGAAGCUCCAGACAGCUCGCACGGGCCAGACGGAUGACGGCGUGCCGCCCAGCAAGUGCCUGCUCUGCCUCUGUGCCCUUGACACGACCAGCGUGGAAGAGGCCUCGGCAUUCAAUGCCACACUGUUGUCUGAGAGGCUCUCACAGGGGAAGAAGGUAUACGGUGUAGACCAGACAGCCCAGACCGCUGCGCCACACCCGAGCUCUGGGUCAGCGGGUCAGUGCUGCUCCUCAGGUGGAGGCUCUGGGGAAGGAGGCUGUGGAGGAGGAGGAGGAGGAGGAGGAGGAGGUGGUGGAGGCUCUGGGGAAGGAGGCUGUGGAGGAGGAGGAGGAGGAGGAGGAGGAGGAGGGGGAGGGUGUUGCUCCACUCCAAAGCCGUCUGUCAGCAGUGAUCUGAAGAGUCUGUUGUGCUAUAGCUGUAGGCUGACCAUCAAAGACAUGACAACGGUGGAGACGCUGCCUUUGUACAUAGCGAGUGAAGCAGAGAAGCGGCAGAGAAGGGUGGAGAUGAGGAGGGAGAUCAGUGAGUUCCUGCUGGGUGAAGAUGAAGACGAGGAGCAGCCGUGCUAAUUAUGACUCAGCACCACCACCACACUAAACUCCUCUUGCCCAGAAUGCUUGCACCAUUAAUUACGUCUUAUUUAGAUCAUUAUUUUUUUUUAUUAUUCGCUGCCUGGAUCCUUUUUAUGUACUUUUGUCACGUUUCAGCCAGGCCUAAAGCAGUGGGUUUGCAGUCUGUUUGCUGCAUACUCAAAACCUGUUAUUUAUUUUCUCAAUUAUGCUUUUAAUGAUGCACAUUUAUAAUGAAUGAGUGAAUGGCAUGCAGAAAACUAAUGCUUCUGUCUGCCAGCCUUGUUGUGAUGAAUAAACCAGAACUUUAUUUAAA